UAUAUUCAUUAAUUUAAUCUUUUGCGUUGUUCUAAUCUUUUAUCCAUUCAAAUCCACUCUUUUUUUUUUUUUUUCUUUGGGUAUAUAAAUGGGUUAGGUGUUCAAAUCUGGGUACACCAACAUAAGUUGUCACCAGGCUCCAAGCACCGAAAAAACCAAGUCCAGCCGCUGAAUUCCGCCAUGGAAUCAUGUUUGUUUGAGUACCCAAAUUCAGAAUUCUCACAAGAAUCAUUCUAUGGAGAAUCCUUCUCGUGGGAUGAGCUUCUUUUCCACCAUAAUUCCCUUCCCUUCAACCUCAAUGACUCCGAGGAAAUGCUACUUUUGGAUGUCCUGGCAAAGGGGACUAAAGAAGCAUGGGAAAGCACCAGUCCCACGUGUGUGGUUAAGGAAGAGGAAGACACUUCAAAUCCCAAAUUAGAAGAAGUAUGCAAGAAAGAGAAGUCCUAUAGAGGGGUUCGGCGGCGGCCGUGGGGGAAGUACGCGGCGGAGAUAAGGGAUUCGACUAGGCACGGCAUCCGGGUAUGGCUUGGAACGUUUGAUAGUGCCGAGGCAGCUGCUCUGGCAUACGACCAAGCUUCAUUCUCGAUGAGGGGUACCUUGGCCGUGCUCAAUUUUCCGGUGGAAGUGGUCAGAAAUUCACUCCAAGACAUGAAGUAUCGUUGUGAGGAGGGGUGCUCGCCGGUGGUGGCACUAAAGAGGAAGCACUCCAUGAGAAGAAAAUCAACGAUUAAGAAGAAAAGUAAAGGGAAGAAAGAUACAGCGUCAGAAAGUGUGGUGGUGUUGGAGGACUUGGGAGCUGAAUAUUUAGAGGAACUUUUGAGCCUCAGCCCAUCUGAGAGUGCUACUAGUACUACUCAGUGAAUUGAUCUUCUUCACCUCCAUUUUCUUAUUAUUCCUUUGUUUGUUCUUCUUGUUUUUCAAUUUUUUUUUUUUUUUUCCCUGUUAUCUCUGUUUGAUAAUACAACUUAAUUAGGAGCACAUAUCAAUUUCGCCAAGUUUUGAGGGGCAUCACAGUGAGGUUAGAUCUACUCCUGAUUCUAUUAAUCAAUCCUGUUGUUUGUAAAGUUCAAAAAAGAUGGGAUUGUAAUCAAAUUGCAUUAGCUUGUCUACCUCAAUUAUUGUGGUCUAUAA